AUGACAAUGGAAUUUAUAGUAUCAAAUUAUAAUACUGGAAAUUAUAAUAUUAGUAAUAGUGGAGAAAUAUUUAAUACGGGAGGGUUAAAUAAUCCAUUGGCAGUAAUUUAUGGGUAUUUAGGAUGCAAUAAAUCUAUAUUAAUUGGCCAAUAUUCGAGUAUUUGGACAAAUAGAGGAUUCAAUGUUUUAAUUUAUUAUCCAUCUUCAAUUUUAUCAAAUUAUAGAAAAGGUGUGAAAAUUUUAAAUACAUGGAUAAAUAAAUAUUUUAAUGAGAAUCCAUAUAGGUCAAAAGUAUUAGCAUUUCAUUCAAUUUCAUCUGGUGCAAAUUGUUUAGCAUAUCAUUUGAAAUUAAUGAUGAAUGAUAAAUACUCAAAUUCAAUAUCAAUGAUUAAAGCAUGUUUAUUUGAUAACAUUUCAAAUUUUAAUAAUUCAAUAUUAUCUUUAAAAAAUAAUUUAAUUUCAAGUGGUGAUAUUUUUAAAUUAAUAAGAUCAAUAUUUUUACCUUUUUUUAUACCUUUAUGGGGUUGGGGGGGAAAAAAUGAGUUUAAAUAUUUAAUUUCAAAAAAUAAUAAAUUUCAUUAUUUAGUAAUUUAUAAUAGUGGUUAUAAUAAUAAUGAUAAUAGUAAAACUUUUAUUAAAACUUUAAAACAAAAAGGAAAUCAAUUCAAUGAAAAAAAUUCAGAUUCUGGAAUUAUUUUAAUUGAAAAAGUAAUUCACGAGAAUAAUUCACAAAUAUAUUCAGAUUGUACAAAUCAAUUGAUUGAUUUAAUAAUAUACAAUUACAAUAAAUGUAACAGUAUCGAUAAUUAUAAUAAUAAUAAUAAUAAUAUUAAAACCAAUAAUAGUAAUAAUAAUAAUAACAAUAGUAAUAUUAGACAUCAAAAUAGUAAAAACACAAUGUAUUGGUGA